AUGGAUUAUUUUUGGUCAUUUGAUUGUGGUGAUACUCGAGAGGAUUUAACUGGUUUAUACAAUGGUACAUUUGUAAAUGGUUCUGAAAGCGUUUCACCUGACUUUUCUGGACAAGGCAAGGCGUUGUAUUUAGAUAGAAAACAGUAUCAAUAUAUUAUUCUACCUCGUUCAUUGAAUCUAACACUCAAUACAAGCUUCACAGUGUCUGCUUGGUUAUUAGUAGCCGGUUAUCUGAGAAAAACUAUUUUAAGUGAUUGUAAUAACUUUAAUUCAAUAUGUAUCAGCUUUAGUAUCACUGAUUCAAGCAUUAAUAUUCAACUUCAUAGUUGGGAUAAUGCAGCUUUACUACAGGAAGUCUCCGUUUCUGUCGUAGACUAUAUUUGUCAAUCUUGUUGGAUGCAUGUAACGUACUCAUUUGAUCAUCAUACUAGAUUAACUAUUUUCUAUUUCAAUGGUAUAGAAAUCGAUAGAAGACAUUUAAAUUUGAAUUAUGAAAACUCAUCACGAAUGAAUCAAACCAAGGUGUCCUAUAUAGGACUAAAUGCAGUUACAAAGGUGCGGCCAUUCUAUGGUCUGAUUGAUAGUUUAUGUGUUUUAUAUGCAGUGAAAAACGCUAGUGUCAUUCGUUAUGAAGCGACCGUAUUAUGUCAGUACAGGUUUAACAGCGACGAUAUCAAUGUUGGAUGGGGUCCAAAUAAUAUUCAAGCACGUAGUCAACAUGUCUAUCGAUCAUGGUGGAACAACCAGAGUGGUCUUCUUUUCAAUGACAGUGACUCUUAUUUUCAAUCGAGUGGAUUCACUCUGUUGCACUCAAAUGCCUAUGAAUAUUCGAUAGCUUUCUGGCUUCGUUUAAAAAUACAGAAGUCGGAGAAACUUAAUAGUGCUAUAGCUGUGUUACAGCUAACAUCUUCGAUUACAGCACUAUCAGCAGACAGUUAUACAUGUGUCAUGAGUAUACAUGUUUACUCGAAUAAUCAAACUUUGGGAUAUUUUUUUCCGAGUAUUUUCCAAAUACUCAAUAUUAGUGGUUCAUUCAUUGGAAAUAACACUUGGGUUCAUAUUGGUGUAGCAUACCAAAGUCCCGAUACAUAUUUAUUAUAUCAAAAUGGUGAGAUGAUUGCUAACUACACGCAUCGCCGUUUCUCAUUGCUUAUAGCUGAUGAUCCACGAUUUUCGAUAACAAUCGGAGGCGCAUACUUGGAUGAUUCUGAUUCGAACUUACCUGAUAAUUUCGAACAAAUGAAAUGUUUUGCUAGAAUUCCAACUUUUAAUUAUACGAAGAUGUAUGGAGAAAUAGAUGAUUUAACAUUUUAUUCAAGAGUGUUAAAUGCAUCGGAAUUUUCAAUGUUGGCCGAGGCUUAUAUUGCAUAG